CCGGAUCUCAGUCUGCCAACUGAGAAAAGGAGAAGGACCUCAGCCUCAGGUUCUGCAGAAGCACUGGGGCUGUGGUCACCUUAAGAUGCAGGUCACUUUUGCCAAUUGUGGACACCAGCUGCUAUCCUGCGGGCCAUCCUGGGAGCUGAUGAGCUUGCGGAGCAACUGUGGAGAGUGGUAGCGCGUCGUGUGGAAGUUAGCAUUGCGUUCACUUGAAGCUCUCUGGCAGUAGUACUUGAAUCUCAGUAGCUUAAGAUGGAAGACCAGCUAGAUCUGCAUGGCGGCGGAGCCAGAUUCAUGGGACUUUUCUCUGGGAUUUUGGGAUCCUGGCUUUGUUCUGCUUGAAGAUGGUCAACCACUUCAUUGAUAAUCUUUUUCCCCAUCUUUCUCCCACGAGACGAGCAGUUGCACGGACCACCAAUGGGCAGGGCAGUCCCCUAGGAGGCGGCAGAAUUGUGUGUCGUAGAUGUAAGAGGAAGUUUGUGUCUUUUCAGCAGCUGACCAACCAUCAGCGAAAGGAGGGGGGCUGCACUCCUCCAAGGUCUACUGCAUCUGGUACUGCAGUUGCUUCCUCAACUCCUCCACCAUCGUCGCCGCUCCGGCAGUUCAAUGCUUUUGAUGCUCCCCUUGGACACUCUCUGUCCCCCGUUCCAGAUUCCCUAACUCCUCCACAAAACCAUACUUCUAGUCAGGAUGCAGCUGGCGCGGGUAACUCUGAAGAAGCUGAUACUUCAUACCACCAUUUAAUAUCUCCAGAGCCAAGGACAUCUGCAGUAGGACAGCAGGUAGGCGCGCGCUUUGAACAGAUUCCUUGCCGCGAUGGGCCCAGCACCUUUGCUUCUGAAGAUCCAGAAGAAGAGAAGAGGCAAGAGGUAGUAGCAUUCAUCAAAAACUGCAAUGGGGGCAAAGGGCUCUCACGAAAGGACCAGAACUGGCUACUGAGUUUCGCCGAGGUUCCUGGGUUGGAGAGCGAUAAGGACGUGCAGAAGCAUAUUGACGCGCUUCCGAAACCAGAAGGCUGGUCCAGGAUCAACCUUGCGGACCCCACGGAUGGACAAGACCUCUUCCUCGACUAUUGUGAUGCAUAUACUGCUGUUUUGGAUCUGUGGAGGGAUCCCAUACACGCUGGAAAGCUGAUCUUGAAGCCGAGGGUACUGCGCGGCAGAAAUGGGGAGCGCCGGUACAAAGAGGCCCAUACCAGCGUCUGGUGGAAUGAAAUGCAGAAGUUGAUUCCCGCUUCGGACACAGUGCUGGCGCUGAUCCUUUACAGCGAUGGGACACCGCUCAGUUUGAGCGGACGACUCAAAGUGCGCCCGGUCAUUUUGAGCCUUGCCAACAUUCCCAAGGAGCUUAGGGGGAAGCUGUCUGGUUGGGUUCUCGUGGGCUACAUUCCAUACGUGGAACCACGUCCAGAGUUUAGUCUCGCGGAGGGCUCGGAGGCGCUCCGCUUACGGCAGCUCCAGAUAUGGCACGACUCCUAUCGGAAGAUUCUGGAGCGCUUGAAACUUUACACUCUGACGGGCAUGGAGGUUGAGGAUGCAAACGGAGUAAAGACGACAGUUUGGCCCAUGAUAUACGCCGUCGUAACUGACUGGCAGGAAGGAUGUGUCGCUGCAGUCCUCAAAGGCUGGUCAGCAAACCCGGUUGAGAACGCGCUGUGGGAUUGGAAGGGCGGCAACACAAAGUCUGGGAACGUUUAUCGUUCCAUACUACCAGAGAUCAUGCACCAGCUAGACCACGGGGUAGUACCCAUGCUCUUCGAGCUCGUGGGCAACUACGCCAAGGACAAGUUUGGAGCGAAGGAAGGGAAUAAGCGCCUGGCUUUAGCGAACAAGCGCUUUCUUUCUUUCCGGAACACACACCCGGGUCUCCGCCUGCCCAACAUCGACUUCCUCGGCGGUUCCUCUUUUGUGACUGCCUUCGAGCAUCGGCACAGUCUGUCGGUGGCCGUCUAUGCAGUCGUGGGCGUCUUUACCCUGCCCAAUGGGCGUGACGAGAUAACUCCUCUUUUUCGAGACUUUGCUGAUGUGUACCUUGACUUCGCAGUCAGGCACAAGAGCCGAGGUCACACCGAUGCGUCCUUGGCCAAGGUCGACGCUGAUUGGGAUAAGGUUCUAGCUAAGAUGAAGAGGAUUUUGCCAUACCAGGCCUCGGGUUGGGGCACCUCAAAGGUACACACGAACGCGCAUUCGACCGAGUCGGUCAGUCUUAAAGGUCUCCCCGGGGAGUACUCUGCCGAUAAUUACGAGUCGAGUCACAAGAGGACGGCGAAGAAUCCCUUCAGGGCUUCCAACAAAAACCAUAUGCAGCUGCAAAUGGUAAAGCAUGUGACCGACCGACUCGCCCUUCGAAAAGCGGGGAAGGAUUACUUCGUUCCAACUCAAAAGGAGACGGCUCUCCGAAAACGGGCUAGGGACCAGAAGACCAACCUGCUAAGCGUGAAAGGUCGCCCUCUCCGGCUCUUCCGACUGUCCAGGCAGUCCCUGCGGGAUGGCAAUCGAGAUCCCGCACUUCUCGCACAGCCCGAGCUGGUCCAUCUCGAGCGCGUUCUUCGUUCGCACCUCGGGGGAAAUCCCAGAGGUACGCGAGCUUUGCUGGCGAACCUUCCUACCGUCCAAGACGCCAAGGUUAUACGACACAUGACGCUUGCGAUUGCAAGAGCGCGCCAGCCUGACGGCAGUUUGAAGACGGAGUUGGCUCGGGCGAACCCAUGCUUCGGGCAGAACAAGCGGCCCGUUUUCAGCAGCGUGGUUGUGGAUGGAGUAGGGCCGGAACGACGAGGGCGAUUGGAGCGGACCGAUUGGUAUGCACAGCUUCGUUUGUUGUUUUCCUGUGUUGAUCACCGAGGUCGGAAGCGCGCCUAUGCGUUCGUGAAGUGGUAUCAGAAAACGGGCCCACAAGACGGAACGAGGAGCGUUCGUUUGAAAUGGGAAAUGGUAAACGGGCCCAACGGGGUUGAGCAGGUUCGGUAUGACGUCAUAGGUCUUCAGACAAUAAAACGGCUCGAGCACAUUCUCCCAGAUCCAAAUAACGAAGGUAUGUUUUAUGUCAAUGAAACGCGUCUGGUCUAGGGCCGCGCAUGCGGCGCAAGGUUGCUAAGACCGUCAACAAAGUAAGCGUAGUUUAGUAACAAUUAUUCCAUUAAUCUGACUCAAGAGCGCUUGAUUGGAUCAGACAGAAUUGUACAUUACGACUAACAUAUGUUAUUGAAGUUUGAGUUGUCAGUUCCAAUACCGACACUUGUUUCGGGGCUUCUCGACAUUGUCGCAUUUAACAAUUUUCUUUGUCUG